CUGGAAUCGGACGCCCUCCUCGAUGUCGUCCGGCUGAUGCCGGCUGCUGCAGCGGCGCGCCUUGCCAAGGCGAGCACCGCCACGCAUGCUCGGAUCCUCGAGCCACAGGUUGCACGCUGGUGCGCCGCUAGCCGCCGGGCGCUGCUCGAGGCGCGGAACGUGCGCGGCGACCUGUCCCUCGCGCCGACCGACUGCGCGUGGAGCCUCGAGCGGCUCCACUUGUGCGAGUACCCGCCGCGCUUCCCGCGGAUCUACUUCCAGUUUGCGUCGGACGAGCUGGAGAGCGGCUCUCUCGCGGCGGUCGCGCGGGUGGCGGUGCUGCUAAAGCGCCACCCCACGCUGCGGCUCCGCAUCCACGGCUUUGCGCAGCCCGCGGCUCCCGAUGCGAUCGGCGAGGCGCUCGCUCAGGCACGUGCGACGCGUGUGCGCCGCGCCCUGCUCACGCUUCUGCGGGACUGUCCCGCCUUUGCGGCCGAGGCGAGCAUCGAGGACGGCGUCCGCCGCGACGCGCGCGUGAGCCCUUGGAGCUUGACGCUCAGUGACUUGCAUCGGCACACGCGGCUGGUCGGGGACAAGGUGCAGGCGGUUGGCCGCUGGGGGUGCUGGCCUGCAAACCACAACUUUGAGGCGGGCGAGGGCGAGGAGGAGGGGGCCGGCGAGGAGGAGACGGUCGGUGCUGUCGGAGGCGGGGUCGAGGACGGCCAGGGCGAGGAGGGGGGCGGCUCUCCGAGUGGGGAUGAGGAGGAGGAGGAGGAGUGGGAGGAGGAGGAGUUCAUCGAGGAGGAGGAGGAGGAGGACGACGAGGAGGACGAGGAGGACGAGGAGGGCGGCGCGGCAGCCGGCACGGCAGUUGCCCUCUCUGGCACAGUUGGCGACCUGCUGCAGGCACGACUGAUCCUAACCCUAACCCCAACCCACAAAACCCCUACCCUUAGGCGCAGUCAGCGAAUUGCUGCAGAGCAUGAACGAGGAGAGCGACGGCGACAGCGACUCGGACAGCGAGGCGUCGCACCGCUCCAUCGACUACAUGCGGAUGGCCGAGUUCACGCUGCUCGGCCUCGCGCAGGUCUGAGGGGGCGAAUGAGAAGCGGCUGGUGCCUCCUUGCGUGCAGUCCUGUGGGUGGCGUGGUGCUCCGUCACGUCGUGCGCUGGUGCGGUGUGGAGCCCUUGUGUGUGCACAUUCUCAGGAUGUGUUUGCAGGAUGUGUAUGCCUGAUUUGUGCUACAGGACUC